AUGUUGUCUGUGAUUGCAAUUGUUGGGAAAAAAAAGUACUAUGGUGUUAUGAAUGUGCAAGGUGUAGUAAUUGGUAUGUGUAUGCUGUUGGAGUCAUGGAGUCAUUUGGUUGUGCAGGUUGAACUGACCACCACAACACUCACGAGGCAGGUUGUAGUUGGUGGUGUUGUGUAUGCUAUUGGAGUCAUGGAGAUGCUUCUGGUGUUGUAUGAGGUUUCUGCACUUAAAGCUGGUCUCAGAAAAGUAAAGAUCCUUACAGAGUACGUGUCUACUCGAAGAGCUAAAAAAGCUUGCCUUGAGGAAGAGGGUAGCGAGGGGAGGGGCUCAGCUAAGAGUGACGGGAAGGGAAGGGAGAAGAAAUUGGGUUCCAUUACUGUUUAA